UUAACUAGUCCGCCCGUCUUUAGACUUCAUGCGUUUCAACAAACCAUUGAGCAUUUUAUAUGACGUUCGUGUCUUUCAAAAGAGAAUAAAAUACAUUCAUUACUACGUCAGAGUAGUAGUAUAAGAAGCUAACCGAUGUAGAAACAUGUAUUUAAAAAUAGUUUUAAAAUAAAUUACAAGUAUUUUUUUUAAAUACGCGGAUUUUUUAGAAAUCUAUUUUUAGUUUAUGACAUUUUUUUUAUUAGAAUCUAAUGGUUUAAUUAAUUCUGGAUUGCUUUCGUCAUUGUGAUUUUAAUUACAUGCAGUUAUGGGUUUAACAGUCAACACAAAAAGGAUCAUGAAUGUUUUCCGACCACGACUCAAGCGACUGUGUUUUAGGGCGCCGGCCCUGAGACAACGACUGCGGAGAAAGCUGGUCUUCCUCUCCCGUCUAGUGGCCAUGACCUUGCUCUUCGUGUUCUUCGUGGCCUUCGUGACCCCUGCCAGAAAUGUGGUGGGGUACUUCAUCCUGCCCGCCUCCUGGUCCCAGCUCAGCUCCGGACAGAUCCUGCACAUGUUUUACCUGGAGGAGCAGAGGUUCCCCGUGGAGAUGGGGGAGGGGUUAACCUGUGAUGCUGUUGAGCCGACGAUUAGCUCCGUCAACUGGCAGCAGAUCAUUGACGACAUGCCCAACCUCCCUGCCUAUCUAACGUUUCCCCUACCCCCACAGCCGACGAUUAGCUCCGUCAACUGGCAGCAGAUCAUUGACGACAUGCCCAACCUCCCUGCCUAUCUAACGUUUCCCCUACCCCCACAGCCGACGAUUAGCUCCGUCAACUGGCAGCAGAUCAUUGACGACAUGCCCAACCUCCCUGCCUAUCUAGCGUUUCCCCUACCCCCACAGCCGACGAUUAGCUCCGUCAACUGGCAGCAGAUCAUUGACGACAUGCCCAACCUCCCUGCCUAUCUAACGUUUCCCCUACCCCCACAGCCGACGAUUAGCUCCGUCAACUGGCAGCAGAUCAUUGACGACAUGCCCAACCUCCCUGCCUAUCUAACGUUUCCCCUACCCCCACAGCCGACGAUUAGCUCCGUCAACUGGCAGCAGAUCAUCGACGACAUGCCCAACCUCCCUGCCUAUCUAACGUUUCCCCUACCCCCACAGCCGACGAUUAGCUCCGUCAACUGGCAGCAGAUCAUCGACGACAUGCCCAACCUCCCUGCCUAUCUAACGUUUCCCCUACCCCCACAGCCGACGAUUAGCUCCGUCAACUGGCAGCAGAUCAUCGACGACAUGCCCAACCUCCCUGCCUAUCUAACGUUUCCCCUCCCACAGCCGACGAUUAGCUCCGUCAACUGGCAGCAGAUCAUUGACGACAUGCCCAACCUCCCUGCCUAUCUAACGUUUCCCCUACCCCCACAGCCGACGAUUAGCUCCGUCAACUGGCAGCAGAUCAUUGACGACAUGCCCAACCUCCCUGCCUAUCUAACGUUUCCCCUACCCCCACAGCCGACGAUUAGCUCCGUCAACUGGCAGCAGAUCAUCGACGACAUGCCCAACCUCCCUGCCUACGACAGCGACUAUUACUCCAACAUCGCCAGCAACCCCGGGCUCUAUGGGACUAGCCCAGAGUUGGUGCAGGGAAUUCUCGAGAGAUAUUCAUCUUUCAAGCCCCCCAUGUCCGGCAAAUGGCAGCGGAAGUUGCGCAUGACGUUCAAAGUCUUCGCCCUGGCCAUGAAAGUGUUUAACGUGACGUACUUCCUGUGCGAGGGCACCAUGCUGGGCGUCUACCGUCACCAUGGUUACAUACCCUGGGACGAUGACAUGGAUUUGUGUAUGAACGGAACGGAUUGGUUAAAAGUUAAGCAGAUCCUCCACUGCAUCCCCGGCUUUGACGUGGACACCCGCAGCUACAUGAUGUACAAGUUCUUCUGGCAGCAGUCCGACACCAUUCAGGGUGACCCGCUGCUCCGGGUGCCCUACAUCGACAUCUUCUUCUUCACCGAGAACGAGGAGUACAUCUGGGCACUCUCCAGGAUCAAGAAACACAGAAUCGUCUUCAAAAAAGACGUCAUUUUCCCGUUAACAUGGCGACCGUUUGAAGACAUGCUGGCGCCGGUGCCGAGGAGAUUUGAGCACCUGUGCACCACCAUGUACAACCCCAGCACGUGCGUGAGUCGAGAUUUCGACCACCUGAAAGACAGGCCGAUGAUACCUUUCUAUGAGUACCAGUACAUUUCGUGCGAUGUGUUUAAACCUAUUUAUCCUUUCGUAGAUCGGGAAAAUGUUUCUGUUAGCGGUAGACAGGUCACUGUGGAAUACAAACGCAUCGGGAAGAAACUGUUGGGUAAUUUUACAGCGUUGUAACGACGUAUGAUUCAGCUUU